UGUGAUCUGGUAUCAACCGCUCCGAAACUGCAGACUCGACGCGAAAGUAUGGCGUACCCGGCUGACUUCCUCAACCGCAGAUCCUCGGCCUUUUCGCUGUGGACGCCGGGGCGCGACUUCGGCACCAAACCUCCCCAGCUCGUGCUCGGAAGAUACGAUGCAAGCGCCCCCGGAUCCUUCGUCGAGGUCGCGCACCGGCCGCUCGCGCCCGCCGCCGACGGUAAGAAGGACCUGUGGGAGCUGAGCCCCCGCUCGCUGUCGCUGGCCGAGGACACCGUGUACCACUACUGGUUUGAGCUGGACGACACCUCGCCGGAGCGCCGGGGCAGGAUGCUGGUGACGGACCCCUUCGCCUUCACCGUCGACUACCGCCUGAAGCGCGGCGUCGUGGCCGGCGCCGACGCCUACCCGACCCAGCCCGCGUCCGUGAUCAAGCACCGCGCCGGCGCCCUGCACGCCUGCGACGUCGACGGCGACGAGCCGGGCCGCGUCCGCACGCCGCCUCAAGCCUCCUUGCCCGCCAACAACCACCUCGUCAUCUACGAGCUCCCCGUGACGUGGGCGCGCGCCGGCGUCGAGGGCGGCGUCGAGGUCGACAAGGGCACCUUUGCCGACGUGCGCGCCCUCUUCGCACCCGACGCCGAGCCGGUCGACCACGCCGGCAGGCCCGGCUUCGCCGCCUCCAUCCCCGCGCUGGGCCGCGGGCGCGCGCUGCUCGCGGAGCUGGGCGUCAACGCGCUCGAGCUGCUCCCGGCCGCCGACGCGGCGCCGCGCGGCGAGUGGGGGUACGCGACGGCCAACUACCUCGCGCCCGACGCCGACAUGGGCAGCGCCUCGGACCUGGCGGCCCUGGUCGAGACGGUGCACGGGCGCGGGGUGCGCCUGUUCACCGACGUGGUCAUGGCCUUUGGCCACGACCCCUACCAGCACGUCGACUUCCCCAAGUUCCACCUCCGCGCCGAAACCGAGACGCACAACCCGGACGCGUACCAGUCCAACGCCGUGGGCCAGAAGCGCGAGGGCUGGGGUGGCCAGCUGUGGCGCUACCUGGCCGAGGCGCAGGACACCUACAACCCGCAGACGGGCGAUGGCGGGCUCGAUCCCACCAGGGGGGCCCUGCGCCCGGCCUGGGAGUUCCACAAGCUGGCUCUGGCGCGCUGGAUGACCGAUUUUGGCGUCUGCAGCCUGCGCCUCGACAGCGUCAACAACAUCGGAAACUGGGACUUUGUGCGCGCCUACAAGGAACGCGCCUGGCAGCUCUACCGGGACCGCUACGGCAGCGGCGCGCGGGACGACGGCUUCCUCGUCAUCGGCGAGGAGCUCAGCAUGCCCCUCGACAUGGUGCGGUCGGGCGUGCUGGACGCGCUGUGGAACGAGCCGUGGCAGGAGCGCGCGCGCUCCCUGCUGCUCGGCGAGGCGGGCGCGCACGACGGCGGCAGCUUCGAGGCGACGGUGCGGCGCGUCGUCGACUGCACCUCGACGGGCUUCUCCGACGGCUCCCAGGCCGUCAACUACCUGACCAGCCACGACGUCGAGGGCUACCGCAAGGAGCGCCUGUUCGACUUCCUCACCUCCUCGGGCGUCUGGGACGUCGGCGGCCGCGCCAAGCUGGCAUUCGUUCUGCUGUUGACUAGUGUCGGCGUGCCCAUGAUAUUCGCGGGCGAGGAGUUCGCCGACCAGAUGGACCGCAGCCGCGGCGACAUGCGCUACAAGCAGACGGACCCCGUCAACUACGAGCGCGUCGACGGGGCCGCCUGGCGCCGCGACCUGUUCGCAUACGUGGCCCGACUGGUGAGGUUCCGCACCGAGUGUCCGGCCCUGGGCGUCGACGACACGGACUUUAUCCACGUCGACCGGAGCCGCGGCGGCAAGGUGCUGGCCUGGACGCGCGGAGGGGUCCGGGCCGGCCAGGCGCCCGUGGUGGUGGUGGCUAACUUUACCGACAACGCCACGCCGGGGGCCGAGUACGUCGUUCCCAACUGGCCUGGGCGGGGCGCGCCGGGCUGGAGAGAGGUCACGCAGUCGCGGGAUGUUCCCGGCGAGUGGGUGGGGAGAGAGCCGCUGAUGGCAUGGGAAGCAAAGGUCUAUACGCGGUGGAAGUAACGGCGUGAUUCAAGGCAUAGCCUGGACGACCUUAGGGCACUGUGCUGGUAUAGCAUGGGUCAAAAGAGGAAGACACGAGAGCAUACCAGUGCACUGCCACCUAGCUGGCAAGGAUUCUCCCUCAAUGGGACAAGGAACGGAAGAAAUCGAGUGAGGGACAUCGACGUGUCUAGGAGACACAAACAAAAAGAACGUAGAGCCAGGAGAAAAGUAUUUACAUCCCACCAUUAGUAGCUUGCCCAUGACGACACAUUCCCGU